AUGGCGAGUCUCACAACAUGUCCGCCCUUGACCAGAGAAUCGGUCUUUGAAGCACGAAAGCUCAUCCAGACUCAUGUUCACAAAACUCCGGUCCUCACAAACAAGACUCUCAGCCAAAUGGCGUCCACGCCGAGGGCAUCUUCUACCCUCGGUGACAGAAAGCCUGCCAAACCUGUCAUUAGACUCUGGUUCAAGUGCGAAAAUAUACAGCGCAUAGGCGCCUUCAAAGCUAGAGGAGCAUUUCAUGCCAUUGAGAGACUCAAAAAGGAGCCCGGGUGGCUUGAAAAUGGAAACCAUGUACAAGCAUUGGCACUGGCAGCCAGAGAAAAUGGCAUCACAGCGCACAUUGUGAUGCCAAGCACCACUCGCCCUUACAAAAUCGACGCCACCAAAGGAUACGGCGCUAAUGUUGUCGUCUGUGGCCCCAAAGACCGUGAAGCUGUCGCGGCCAAGAUUGUCUCGGAAACAGGCGCUCGUCUCGUUCCGCCGUUUGACCAUCCGGACGUGAUUCUCGGUCAAGCAACCGUUGGCUUGGAGAUGCAGGACCAGAUCGAGAGCCUCGAUGCCGUCAUCACGCCAUGCAGUGGCGGCGGUCUUCUUUCUGGCGUGGCAUUGAGCUGCGAGGGAACAGGAGUGAAGGUUUUUGGGGCUGAGCCUGAGUUUGAGGGUGCUGAUGACGGGCGUAGAGGCUACUAUUCAGGAAAGAGAGUGACUGAGGUCAGUACCAGAACAAUUGCGGACGGUUUGAUCGGCGUCGUUGGGGCGAGGCCUUGGGGUAUUAUCUAUGAGAGGAGGUUGGUCAGCGGCAUGUAUGCGGUUUCCGAAGCGGAAAUCUUGGAGGCUACAAAGCUUAUCCUGGAACGGCUGAAGUUGGUGGUUGAGCCGGCUGCCGCCGUACCACUGGCUGUUGCACUAUUCAACGAAGAGUUCAGAGCUAUGGUUGAGGAAGAGGCUGGUGAGAAGGGCUGGGAUGUCGGCCUCGUGCUGAGUGGCGGGAAUAUCGGCGUCGACGGACUAGCGAAGCUUUUCUCUUAG